CGAUAUUAACUCAGCUGGGUGUGGCAAAGCGCAGAACGAAAUACAGAAAACUUUCCUUUCCCUUCUGGCAGCUUACUGUGUCCUGUGACUUGGGUUGGAAUACAUCGCAGACGCUAUUAGCAUCAGUCUCCCCUGAAAUAAACAUCGAAAAUGGCCACUGUGAAAGCAAGCGGUAAUUUCAAUGCCAAUGGCGACGCUGAGGUCCUGUUCAAGGCAAUGAAAGGGCUGGGCACUGAUGAAGCUGCCAUCCUGCAGCUCGUGACUGCCCGUAGCAACGCGCAGCGGCAGCAGAUCAAAGCAGCUUAUAAGACCCUGCACGGAAAGGACCUGGUGAAUGAUUUAAAAUCUGAACUGGGGGGAAAGUUUGAAACUCUGAUUGUAGGUCUUAUGACUCCACCCAUCGAAUAUGAUGCCACGCAGCUGAGGAACGCAAUAAAGGGUGCAGGCACUGAUGAGAAGGUGCUGAUUGAGAUCUUGGCGACUCGGAGUGCGCAGCAGAUCAAAGACAUCAUCAAGGCCUAUAAAGAAGAGUACGAUCAUGACCUUGAGGAGGACGUUACUGGAGACACCUCCGGACACUUCAAAAGGAUGAUGGUGGUGCUCCUGCAGGCCAGUAGGCAGCAGGGGGUUGAUGAAAGCAAAGUGAACAGUGACGCUGAGGCGCUGUUUGCUGCUGGAGAGAAGAAGUUUGGCACUGAUGAGGAAACGUUCAUCACCAUCCUGGGCAAUCGGAGCGCUGCUCACCUGAGGAGAGUGUUUGCUGAGUACAUGAAGCUCUCUGGAUUUGAAAUUGAGGAGACCAUUAAGAGAGAAACAUCUGGAAGCUUGGAGGAUAUGCUUCUGGCUGUGGUGAAAUCUGCAAGAAGUAUUCCAGCCUAUUUUGCAGAAAGCCUGUAUAACUCAAUGAAGGGAAGUGGUACUGAUGACAACACCCUGAUUCGCAUCAUGGUGUCCAGGAGUGAGGUGGACAUGCUGGAGAUCAGGGCUCAGUACAGGAAGCUGUUUGCCAAGUCUCUUCACACCUCCAUUCAGCAAGACACAUCGGGGGACUACAGGAAGGCCCUCCUGAUCCUGUGCGGAGGCGAUGAUAAGUGAUGACAUCACUCAGUGGGGCGUGGCCUGACACCAGCAUGUGAUCAGCAUGCGCUGAUAAUCCAUGAGUAUAACUGCUCUCAAGUGUACUGCCUGUCAUGUGCUGGCAUGACACCAGUGUAUUACCUUUAUUUGUUCUGCAAACUUCAUUUACUCAUGUUGUUUAAAACUCUUAUUAAUAUGCCAGUUAUGUGUUGCCAGCAUCAUAGCAUGUCAGUUUUUUUUAAUGCUACCGUUAACAAAUAGGUGCUCAGUGUGUUUGCAAUUGUUUCUUUUUUUAAAAAUAUUGACACCCAACAUGAAGUUUAGCACAUCCAGUGCCCACCCUGAAUUGGAAGGUCAAACUGUUUACAAACACAGCUUCGUUCAUAUGUGAAUCUUUGCCGAUUUGGGAGAAUGUGGACAUCCUGGGUUCCCCUCGGAAAAACACGUGGAAUGGUUUCUUUAUGAAAGAUGACACCUCAGCCUCCUCGUGAGUUCAAACACCACGCAUUUGUUUUGUGCUGACCCCGCCCACAAACCCUGUAGACCCCGCCCAUCAACCCUGUCUGUUACGCAGAUGCAAGUGUAUCUUGGUGCUUUGGAAUUUGAAAUGUAGGCAAUGUGGAAAUGCAAUAAAGAAUGCACUGCAGCCCUG